AAUAAAGGAGGCGAGAAAUGUUUAUGCAGUCUAUAAAUAAGCGAGGAUAAUUUGAUUUAUGGGGGAUUAUGAUGCUUUGAAUCCAGGGCAAAUGGCAGACGCGUGGCACAAUUAAACGAACGAAAAAAAUUGAUUUUACACGUAGUAAAGCAGUUUUGGUUUAUUCACUGAAAGCAAUUCUUGAUUGCUAGAAAAGAUAGCAGAAAAAUAUUAAAUGGUGACCAGCACUGUAUUUAUCAUGACUUGGAGAUAUUUGAUGAUUUUUCUACUUUCUUCAUCUCUAAUAUCUGCUCAAGAAGGAAGCGGUUGGGAAGGUAGCGGUAAAGUUUCAGAACUAAACGAAGAAAUUAUGAUAAAAAGGACGGAGCGCGCAUAUUUGCUACAUCACUUUCAAGAAUGGAAAUCAAACAAACCGGAGUUGUCCUGGAAUCCCAUCAAUAUUCGUGGAAAUUCAACUCAAAUUUUGAAAGAUAUGCUAAAGAUUAUGUAUCAAGAAUUUUCUUCCGAAUUCAGAAUGUGCUAUAAAUGUGUUGGAAUCAUAACAAAAUCUGGCCAUGAGUAUGGUUGUACGGAAGAUGUUGAUACUUAUGAUUUUGAUGAACCAGGGGAGAAUAAGAUAAUUGUUCCGUGUAAAGGUCCGUGUAUGGUAUCCCGAAGAAUAACCGACGGUGACGUAACUAUAGUGCGUAGUUGCCACUCUACACAAUGUAUUGGAAGUGAAGAUUGUUUUCAAGAAAAUGGUGCGUGCAUCAAAUGCUGCCACAAAAACUUUUGCAAUAGAGAUCUUCCAACGACAUUUCGGAUUCAAAAAUCUGGGAAUAUAGAAAACUACACACCAACUGUUCACACAGGAUUUUCCAUUUCGUUGUCCAUUUUGUACGGUACUUUCACUAUACUGUGGGCUUUCGUGAUCAACUGAAAUUGGCAUAAAGUCCAGGCCACGACGAAUCACGAAAGCGAACGACGAAACUAGACUUCAAAACUGACGACACAUUUCAGUAACUAACGUAUGACAUAUACUACACUUCGUUUUAUACUUACCUAUUACGACGUAUUUUACUACUCUUCAGGAAUUGGUUAAAACCAUAUCACGGCCGAUGGUAUGUUAUGUUGAAAGGAUGUUUCGCGUCGGUAUUAGUACAGAAAACUUUGUUGCUUUUAUCAGAUGCAAAGUGCGGCUGAUGCAACAAACCCUAGUAGCGAGCGGAGUGCAACUCCAAAACGCCCCGCAUAUUCUACAGGGGUGGUAGCACAAAAGUCAUAUUGGGGGUGUCAAAAUAGGGCUGACGAAAUGCGGUCGUUGCGUAUCAAAUCGGGAGUGACAAGAUAGGGUCGUCGACUCAAGUUAGGGGUGACGAAAUACGGUCGUUCCGUGGUGUCAGAUUAGGGGUGACGAAAUACGGUCGCUGCGAAGAAACCCUAGGAUUUGAUUUCCGCAUGUCAGAAUAGUAGCAUCACGUUUUGAACUGGUCAUAUAUAAUACCAAACAUAGCGUAUAUUCUGUUAAUUUUAUGAAAAAUAUAUACGUAUCAUAGUCAAACGUGGUUUUGUAUUUAAACUUAAUUUUGUCAAAAUGGAAGUGACGAAACUGGGUCGUCGAGUCAAGUUAGGGGUGACGAAAUACGGUCGGUGCGUGUCAGAUUGGGGGUCACGAAAUGCGGUAGCUGCGUGGUUUCAGGUUAGGGGUGACGAAAUACGGUCGCUGCGAGGAAACCUUUAAUAUUUGAUUUCCGCAUGUCAGAAUAGUAGCAGCACGUUUUGAACUGGACAU